AUGGUUUUCAGUGUAACAAAAAGCCUAGAACAAGGAGGAAACAAACUUCUCCAUAGAUGGCAACAAGUAGCACCGAAUAUCGAUGAGAAUCUCUUCAUCAGAGUCAUAGUUCAUCCAGGAAAUAGUACUGUGCCAGGUCAAAGAACAGUAACUACUUCUUACAAUGCUCAAUUUCUUGGUGAAGCGAAUAAACUUCUCAGAGUUAUGAAACACAGUUUUCCAGAAUUAGGUUUAACAAGAAAGGAUUGUUUGGAAACUAGUUGGAUCAAAUCGGUUCUUUAUAUAGCUGGAUAUCCAAAUGGAAUACCUCCAGAAGUUCCGCUCCAAGGAAAACCAACAUCCAAGGCUUACUUCAAAGCAAAAUCAGAUUUUGUCAGACAAGUGAUUCCAGAAACUGACCUCAAUUCCCUAUGGAAGAUUUUUCUUCAAGAGGAUGGGCCUUUAAUGAUAUGGAACCCCUAUGGAGGAAUGAUGAGUAGGGUUGCAAAAUCAGCAACACCUUUCCCUCACAGAAAGGGGACACUUUACAAAAUUCAGUACUUAACAGGAUGGAUUGAUGGAGAAAAGAAUAUGGCAAAACAUAUGAGGUAUUUUAAGGGUAAUUUCAAUAGGUUAGUAAUGGUGAAAACUGAAGUUGAUCCAUCUAAUUUCUUUAGGCAUGAGCAGAGUAUCCCUCCACUGCCAAUUGGUAAGUAA